CAGAGAAUGAGCCCGCUUUCCGCCAAGCUCCUCUCCCCUCUUAUUCUUCUCUCUGGCCCAUUCUACAUCUUUCGUACCCUCCAAACUCAGGUGAACCUCGCCCCAUCCCUCGGAAACAGCAGUGCUGUCUAUCACAUCGCAAAGCUGGAGCAUGUCACAGAUGUCUAAACAGCUCUAGACAAAGACAUCCGGCUUGGAAGACGGCAACCCUCGGGGACUGCGUGUGAAGUCGGAAGGGGUCACAGUCACAAUACAUAUCGAUCAAUGAAACAAGAAAGAAGUAAUAAUCGAUCCCUCUGCUUGUAAACUGGUGGUAUGUGUGGAUGGAAGAGCAGGGAUUGUAGUAGGGCCACGGUUUGACCCGGCGAUAUUGCGUUGGCGUAUGGUUCCGAUUGGAGUAGCUCGGCUUCCUGGCCCACGAGCUUUAUUGGAGCACCAAUUUCCCAGUCCUGCGACAUGCGGCAGAUCAUGUUGGUCUCUGCAUUGAGCAGUUUUGAGAUUUAUUGGCUGGGUCCGUCAGUAUCCGAUCCGGCCUGCGAAGCAGUGCCCGGACAAGACAGAGGAUGGCGUUUUGGCCCAACUCACGAUCGCCUCGGUGGAAGCACAUCGAGUAUUUGUCGGGUGCUGUGCAGGAAUCCCAGGAGAGGAGGGAAGCCUGGAGACACGGUCGUCCUACCACUUCGGCUGUGGAGCUUGAUGACCCAAUGGCGAAACGGCUGUCCGAUCCCCUCGCCCGCAACAGAGCUACUCCACCGAACCGGACGGCACCUCAAUGGGACGAAAUCAAAUGGGGGUUGCAAGAGCUGCAAGUAGGGGCUUGCUUAACAGGCUGAGGC